AUGUCUCAAGCAAGCUAUACUGAUACUGAUACACUAUAUAAAGAUUUGUCUUCAAAUAAUAUAUCAGCUAAAGAUUUAUUAUCUCAAACAAGUUUUUCAUCAAAUAAAAGUUUAUUCCAGACAAGCUUCAAUAACAAUUUAUUAUCUCAAAUAAAUUCUUCGCCUAUUGAAAGUUCAUCCUGG